GACACGCGGGGGCGAUGAACGGUGGUGAAAUGGAGUCAGCGCAAGCAAAGAACCAAGCACUCAAAGACGCUGGAGCCGUGGUUCCUACCUCUUAUGAGGCUUUAGAAGGAGCUAUCAAAGAAACAUUUCAAAAGCUGGUCGAAGAGGGUAAAAUAACACCUGUAAAGGAAGUGACACCGCCACAACUUCCUGAAGAUCUUAGCACAGCAAUUAAGAAAGGGAAAGUUCGCGUGCCAACUCACAUUAUUUCCACCAUAUCUGAUGAGAGGGGUGUAGAGCAGCGGUAUGCUGGUGUGCUCAUGUCGACACUUGUAGAGGAGGGAUAUGGUGUUGGUGAUGUCGUUCUCGCUAUUGCUCGCGUUUCAUUCAUAUUUGCAUCAUGAUGUGCGCUGACCACGGUCCUUGUGCCUCUGGUGCACACAACUCCAUUGUGGCAGCUAGGGCUGGAAAAGACCUAAUUUCAAGCUUAGUUUCUGGUAUGUUGCAGACUAUAGUUUUUAAAUGGCUAUCUUUAAGAUCCGUAUA